CAAUUUAAUACUGCCAGUUCAUUCGUUCGAUCAACAUGGUACGACCCUGCAGAUAUUUUGCGAUACAUUUUAUUCUCUUACGAUUCCUUGGUUUAGGGUGGUGGCAUCAUCCCCACGAAAAUAAAACUAGGAAUUAUCCCGGCCUAUACCUGUACUAUUCUAUUUUGACACAGCUGGUUUGGGUGGUCGGUUUUGUGGGACUAGAAACAAUAGAUCCUUUUGUCGGUGAGAAAGAUAUGGAUCGAUUUAUGUUCAGUCUCUCGUUUGUCAUUACUCACGACCUGACAUUGAUCAAACUUUACAUAUUUUAUUUUCGAAAUGAAGAAAUUCAAGACAUCGUCCGCACCAUUGAAAUAGAUCUAUAUAGAUAUUACCAAAAUGAUGACAAAAUUCGCGCGACGAUCAGAAUUUCGCGAAUUUUUACUGCAGCUUUCCUUUUCUUUGGUUGGGUGACGAUAGGAAACGCAAAUAUUUACGGUAUCGUACAGGAUCUUCGUUGGAAAGACAUCGUAAAGAAUUUAAAUGAGACGACAUCUAAGCCCUUAAGAACAUUACCGCAACCGAUUUUCAUACCGUGGCCGUAUCAGGAAGAUAAACACUACAUUCUGACAUUCAUUCUCGAAACAAUGGGCUUGUUGUGGACUGGCCAUAUUGUAAUGACUAUAGAUACUUUUAUCGCGUCUGUUAUUCUGCAUAUGAGUACUCAGUUUGCGAUACUAAGAGAAGCAAUCGUAACCGCUUACGAUCGAACGAUGAUCACUCUUUCUGAAGGGGCUUUGCAAAGUGGCGUUCUUUGUGAGAACAGUAAUGGAAACGAAGAAAAUAACCAGAUUUUUCUUGAAUCAUUCUAUUCAAAAGAGCAUAUUGAAUCGGUAUUGGAGAGUACACUGUUAAGUUGUAUUCGGCAGCACCAGCUUCUAAUUGGAUGUGUGGAGAAAUUCUCCAAAACCUAUUCAUACGGUUUCAUGACGCAACUUUUGUCUAGUAUGGCCGGCAUCUGCGUGGUAAUGGUUCAAGUUUCGCAAGACGCAUCCAGUUUCAAAUCGGUCAGGCUUGUCACAUCGUUGGCUUUCUUUUUCGCUAUGGUCAUACAGUUGGCCAUACAAUGUUUCACUGGCAAUGAACUAACUAUACAAGCUGAGAGAAUUGCGGAUGCAGUAAUGGAAAGUAAAUGGGAGAAGAUGCCAGUGAGACUGCGACGCCUUCUCUUGGUGACGAUGAUGCGUGCCCAACGUCCUUUGCACCUUACAGCCGCUGGAUUCGCCUAUAUCGACAACACUUGCUUUCUCUCGAUCCUGAAAGCAGCUUAUUCGUAUUACGCAGUUCUUAGUCAGAAACAAGGCUGAGUAAAUCAAACAACUCAAUGGGCACAAUUUUUUUAUUGUAAUGUCUUCACCAGUUUUUAUUUUUCCUAAAUCGCUUAUCUACAAUAUAGAAAUCUAGUCUAUCACAGAUAAUUUGUAUAGAUAUAAUAAUUUAAAUAAAAAACUACGUUAUUUUAGUAAUACCCUUACUGACUAAUAUAAGUUGUAUGUAUUUUUUUUUCUCUGACGAUCAGAGUUCUGUGAUCUAACUUGAUGACCUAGUUCCAAAUUGUUUUUUGGCAAUAACAAUUUCAAUGCAUUUCAUGUUUAAAACUAUUUUCAUUAGCAUAAUUACUCAAUGUUUCCUAGAAAUACUUUCUAGUA